AUGCGGGGAUCUGGCCUGUCAGAGCGAUCGUCUCUGCACGCCAUCGAGCGUCCUUCUGAGGUCUUCGCCGAGACCCCAAAGUUGGGGCGUUUGGAGCUGCCGGAUAAUCGGCGUCACACCAUCACGCAGCCUGAUUGUGUCAGCGGCGGGGGAUACUUUGCAAUUACGUGGGAUGAGCUGGUAUUUUUCAAGUUUACAUCUACUUCGGUUCUCUGGAUGUCUCCAACAACACUCGGCCGACAUCUGCAGCCUGCUGGAUGUCCGUCGAUCUAUGCGAUGUCGGUCUUUUUGCAAGGCAAGAGGCCCAUUCCGUAUCACAGUAGGAGAAUUGGCCGUGGGAUCUCGUUUCAAGUAUAUUCAGGAAGUGCGUUGAAGCUGGUGGCGAUCGAUGACCGCGGCAUAGGCCCUAGCUAG